AUGUUUGACAACAUUGAGCUCUGCACUGCGCGUUUACAGGAUUGGGCCUUAUCGCAGGGUUUUGCUAUUGUUCGGCGCAGUGGUAGUGAGAAGAAGCGGGCCAUCUUUCUCUGUAUUCAUCAUGGGGCAGCUAGUAAAAACACACGUCAGCUAGAGGAUCAUGUUGAACGUGAUGAUGAGGGUAAGAUAACCAGUCGACGAAAGCAAGAGAGCACAUCUAUCAAUGCUCGCAACUGUCUAUAUUCUAUCCGUCUCUCUUAUAAACAGCUUGGGAAACGUGGAUCUAACAGAUGGGGCUAUGUUCUAUAUAUCAAGAAGGAACCAGAACAUAAUCAUACGCUAGCUGCGAACCCACUGAGGUAUAAGCAACAUGAGAAGACACUUCCUGACUAUCAGCCUGCGGUGGAGUUAGCUUCAUCUCUUCGCUCUGCAAAUAUCUCGUACUCAAAGGCUGUUCGAGUCCUUGAACAGAGUGGCUUCUCUCUUAAUCGGAAAAGUUAUUACAACAUUCGAGAUAGAAGGAUCUCUGCUCAAGUAGAUGAGUUCAACGGUCUUCUUGCAGCUCUUGAUGAGCUAGGCUUUAUCUGGGAUGCUUGUAUAGGGGAUAAUUUCGCUGAUGACGACACUGUUGUAGGUCAGCAGUUACAACAGAUAUGGUUCAGUCUCCCAGAGCAAAUAGAGCUUGCGCAACAGUUUUCUGCAGAUUUUGUGAUGCUCAUUGACGGUACCUUUCAUACCAACUCUCUGAAUUUGGUGCUUAUUGUUACUGCUGGUAUCUCUAACUGCGGGUUAACUUUCGUAAGCUCUCUUUCAUUUGCUCGUUCAGAGGCGGCAGUGAGCUUUGAAUUCAUCUUUAAGAGCUUAAAAAAGCGAAUCUUUAUCUCAUCUAUUCCACUGCCGCGCGUUAUUAUUAGCGAUCAAGCUGGCGGUCUGAAAGCUGCAGUCCCUCUCUCACUACCAGUAACAACAACUCUCCAGUUUUGUGACUGGCACGUUGUACAGAAUAUUAAGAAGAGGGUAGCGGAUGAAAGGUACCCUGUUGAACAGCGGAAAAAAAUACAUGAUCUUGUAUGGAGAUUCAUUAAGAGUAAGGAGGCUGAUAUUGAAGUAGCUCGUCAAGAGCUUCACAGCAUGCUUCGCCAAAAAGAGAUCAGUUAUCUCUCAGAUUAUUGGCAACCAAAAGAGAGACAAUUUUUACGAGCUUACACACGCAAGCUACCAAACCUAGGGGCAUUCUCUAAUCAACGCUCUGAGAGUAUUCAUCCAGUUACGACAGGAGAUCUUCACAAGAACCUUACUAUUGAGGGGGCCUGUCGUCGUCUUGCUGAAACGAUUCAACGAAAGACUCGCGAUCUAACUCUUAAGGAGGCAGCUAGUGGUGGCAAGUUACCUCGUACGCUUGAUCAGUACCCUUUCAGCAAGCUCGCUGACUCUGUUACUUGCUAUGCAAUUGAUCAAAUAACGACAGAAUGGGAGAUCACAAAAUAUGAACACUCUAAGGGUACUCUUCAAUCUGUCCUUGAUAUUCCCUGCAACAGUUGUGAAUUAAUUUUACGAUAUGGCCUUCCCUGUAAGCACUUCUGA